AUGCUACCGAACCGCAAGUCUGGUUGGCUCAUCUCGGCGCGCCCAGCGUCGCUUAGUCGACCGCUCGACGAGCAGACGUCGACACCGAGGCUUCUGCACUCCUUGGAACAGAAAACCAACUCUAUCUUGUCCUUGAUUGCGGACGAGAACUACAUUUACAGUGGCAGCCAGAGCUCGAAUAUAUCGGUUUGGGAUAAGCAGACAUUUACGCUCAAGGCGACUCUGCGGGGUCACACAGGAAGCGUGCUAUGGUUGGAGUAUGCGUCGGAUCGGAAAUGGUUGUUCAGCUCGUCAGGUGAUGCAACGAUCCGGGUGUGGUGCACGCGGGCGCUUGUCCCACUAUACGUUAUCAACCCGCAUCUCGAGACCGAUGCGGGCGACCUAUUCUCCCUAGCAUGGUCAGUCUAUCUCCAAACCCUAUAUGUCGGAUGUCAAAACACGUCCCUACAGUGCAUAUCAAUCGCAGGCUCGUCCGGCUCUGGCACGUCCACUCCUAGCCGUAAAGCGCACAAAUUUUUCGAUUCGUAUCCUCAAUAUGAGCGGCGAUCGGCAGACGUGUACGCCAUGAACGGUAUCGCGGCGUCGCUUCCUCUCAGUUCUUCGGAAGGCUGCAUACAACUGUCGGCCCCUCCAGUAGCGAAGAGUGUUUUGCAGAUACCACCCUCGGACGUGAUUGAAUCAGCGCAUUACGGAUACAUAUAUUGCAUGGCGCUCAUGCCCAGUACGAGAGAGGGAUCUGAUGACCACCAGCAUGGUAUGGCUCGCGAAGAGGAGCUAUUGGUCACUGGAAGUGGUGACGAAUCCUUCAAGGUCUGGAAGAUCACUUCUGAGGGCCCUGAACAUCUCCAUUCGUAUGAGUGUGCCCAAGGCGCGGUUCUCUCCAUUGUGACCCGUGGAGAUACCAUAUUUGCAGGUUUGCAGGGUGGAAGUGUUGUGGUAUGGGACUUGGAGACGAAAACGCUUGUCCGAACCGUAUUUGUUCAAGAGAAUGUGGAUGUGCUUGCUCUAUCUCUCCUUCACUCCGAUCUAUACACCUGCUCGGCGAACGGAGAAGUGCAGCGCUGGUCUGCGUCUUUCGAUCGUACAGCAUCCUGGAAUGCGCACGACGGGAUCAUCCUCUCAUCUGUGAUCAUUCAACGGCACAAAUCUGAGGAUGACGGAAGCGGUUAUGCUCUUGUCACAGGCGCGAACGAUGGGUAUAUCAAGGUAUGGCAUACAGAGCCUCCCGCGAGGUUCGCCGUAGACGCAAACCUAAAUGGUGCUUGCGACGACGAAUGUCCCGACACGAGGACCAUGAACGACACCAUGGUGUACGCUCUCACCAAAUUCAUUUCCAUUGCCUCCGUUUCGGGAAAGCCCUCCCACAAAGAAGACUGCAGACAAGCCGCCAUCUGGCUGAAAAAAUGCUUGAGUCAACUCGGUGCAGAAUCCAUGCUUGUGCCUACGGGUGAGGAUACGAAUCCCCUGGUUUUGGCAACAUUCAGGGGCGCUCAGAGCGAAAAACGGCGUCCGAGGGUACUAUUCUAUGGGCAAGUCCACCUUCACUCCCAUUUACAUUACGACGUGAUCCCCGCGCCGCCUCGCGGAUGGCAAUAUCCGCCGUUCGAGCUCACGCCCGUAAAUGGUCGCUUGUACGGUCGCGGGGUCACGGAUAACAAGGGCCCUAUCAUGGCGGUUGCCUGCGCCGCGGCGGAGCUAUUGAUGAAGAGAGAGUUGGAGGUUGAUUUGGUGAUGUGUGUAGAGGGCGAGGAGGAAAGCGGGAGCCGGGGCUUUGGGGAGGCUGUGCGGAGACGUAGGGAUGUGAUCGGAGACGUGGACGCUAUCUUGAUCAGCAACUCAACCUGGAUUGCGGAGGAUCCUCCCUGUAUCACAUACGGUCUACGAGGGGUCGUGCAUUGCAGCGUCGAGAUCAGCAGCCAUAGUCCUGAUCUGCACUCCGGUGUAGACGGAGGCUCGGUCCCAGAACCGAUGUUAGAUUUAGUUAAUCUUCUGGCGACUUUGAUUGAUCGGCAGCGGAAGGUUCUGGUCCCCAAAUUCUACGACAGUGUUCGUCCACCAACAGAGGACGAGACUCAGUUGUACCGCCGGAUUUCUGCCAUUGUUCAACAACCGACUUCGUGGCUGAGUUCUCGUUGGAGGGAACCGAGCUUGACUGUUCACAACGUCGAAGUUUCUGGACCUAGAAACUCUACUGUUAUUCCAUCGACGGUUAAAGCGCAAGUAUCGGUGCGAAUAGUACCCGAUCAAGAUCUGGAAACGAUAGCACGCUCGCUCUGCGAACACCUGGAGACGUCCUUCAAGGAACUUGAUUCUCCCAAUCAGCUCGAUGUCAAUAUCACACAUAAAGCGGAUUGGUGGCUUGGAAACCUGGAUGACAGAUGGUUCAAGGCUUUGGAACGGUCUGUGAGGGAUGAGUGGGGCGUCGAGCCCCUCAGGAUACGCGAAGGAGGGUCUAUACCUUCCGUCCCUUGGCUCGAAAAGGAGUUUGGUUGUCACGCGCUUCAUUUGCCAUUGGGCCAGAGCACGGACCAAGCCCAUCUCCCCAACGAGAACAUCUCUUUAUCCAAUCUCCAACGUGGAAAAUCUGUUAUAGAACGCUUUCUGCUCGCUGUCGCCAGUGAUGAGUGA